GUAGGAGCCAUGGUCCAGUUUGGGGUUCUAGAUUAACGAAACAAUCAUAAGUACAAAAUCUUUUGGGUACACCGUACACCCGAUAAAUGGUACUCUUAUUAAACAAUGUUCAAUUGUAAUAUACGAACUAAUUUUUAACUAAUUUUGGGUAACCUAUAACCUGGUUUGGGUUACUAUAAUCGAUUAAAAAAAAUUAUUACGAAGGAUGAAUUACAGAGUAUUUAUAUUUUUAAGAAAUGAACUUUAUAAAAAGGGGUAGGAUUGCAAUUAUGCAGUAUGAAUGUAUGAUUGAUUUUUACAGGGUAAUUUCUUGUGAAGAGUAAUUUAUAUCUACAAAAAAUAAGUAACUUAUAAUACGGAGUAUUAAUUUUAUAAAUUUUUUUUGACACAAAUUAAUUUUAUAGAUAGAUUUGCAAAUAACAAUCAUAAAAAAAUAUCUGCACUUAGGGCACAUCUGUUUGGAUAUUUUUAAACAAUGUAAUAUACUUUUAUGAUUAUAUAUCGAUAUGAUAAUAAUUUCUUUAUCUUCAUUUUAUUAUUAUUUUUGAACUGAUGUAAAAAAAAAAAAAAAAAAAAAAAAAAAAGAGUAUGUCUUGAAAAAAGGUCUAAAAGGGUACCAUAUCCAAUCCAUAUUAGGUUAAGUAUCAAAUGUUACUUAAUAUGCAAGAUACAAGUAACCACAACUAAUGCAAAUUCUAUAUACUCCACAAAUUAUUGCGAUCGAUUUGUUUUUCCUUAAACAGAAAUUAAACCUUCGUUAUUCUCUACAAAAUAGUGCCCUUUAUUAGUUUUUCCAGAUACAAGCAAUUCAACAACCUUGCUUGAUUAUUUUUCAACAACAAUAAUGGAGUCAACAGCUUCCAAUUCUUCUCCUUCAUACUCCCCAUAUUCAAGAUUCUCAUCGUACUCAACGGUGUCACCCGAGUACACCCCGUCGUCUCCUGUAUACACACCGGAGUCACCUGAAUACACCCCGUCGUCUCCUGAAUACACACGAAAGUCACCCGAAUACACCCCGUCAUCUCCUGAAUACACACCAAAGUCACCCGAAUACACCCCGUCGUCUCCUGAAUACACACCAAAGUCACCCGAAUAUACCCCAUCGUCUCCUAAAUACACUCUCAACACAACCAAAUUCACACCAUCAUCUCCUGGAUAUACACCUAAGUCACCCGAAUACACUCCGUCAUCACCUGAAUACACACCAAAGUCACCCGAAUACACUCCAUCCUCCCCUGAAUACACACCAAAGUCACCUGAAUACACCCCGUCGUCUCCUAAUUAUUCGUCCAAGAUACCCGAGUAUACACCAUCAUGGGUAUCUUCUCUUGAGUAUUCACCUAAAUCACCCGAGUACACCCCGUCAUCUCCUGAAUACACACCAAAGUCAUCCGAAUAUACCCCGUCAUCUCCUGUUUACACGCUGAUAUCUCCUGAAUAUACUCCAUCUUCACCAGUUUGUUCGCGGUGUAAGAGACGAGGAGACCCACCUUUUUGGUGUAGAUCAAGAAGAGAAAAACAAGCAAGGUACCUUUGAUUUUUAUGGAAGUUUAGUGUUAAUAAUUGAUUAGAUAUUGUUACUGUAAAAGCAAUAAUGUUGGUAGAAAUUUCUGUAUCUUGAUAUAUUAUUAUGAGUUAUAAAGUUUCGUUUGACAUUCAUUUUAAUGUUGACCGGAAAUAUUGAACAA